GGAGGAGGAGGAGGAGGAGGAGGAGGAGGAGGUGGAGGAGAAGGUGGAGGAGGAGGUGGAGGAGGAGGAGGUGGUGGUCGAUCACAGCAGGGGACCGCCAGGCAGUGUCUGUGGGAACGUGCACCGACUGACGUCUGCUCGCCCCAGAGCCGGUGGCCCCCGACCCCGACCUGCUCCUCACAGCAGGACCUUCCCAGGGUCCGACGGGAGCACUGCGACCACCAGAAGGACCUACAGCAGGACCUUCCCAGGGUCCGACGGGAGCACUGCGACCACCAGAAGGACCUAAAGCAGGACCUUCCCAGGGUCCGACGGGAGCACUGCGACCACCAGAAGGACCUACAGCAGGACCUUCCCAGGGUCCGACGGGAGCACUGCGACCACCAGAAGGACCUACAGCAGGACCUUCCCAGGGUCCGACGGGAGCACUGCGACCACCAGAAGGACCUACAGCAGGACCUUCCCAGGGUCCGACGGGAGCACUGGGACCACCAGAAGGACCUACAGCAGGACCUUCCCAGGGUCCGACGGGAGCACUGCGACCACCAGAAGGACCUACAGCAGGACCUUCCCAGGGUCCGACGGGAGCACUGCGACCACCAGAAGGACCUACAGCAGGACCUUCCCAGGGUCCGACGGGAGCACUGCGACCACCAGAAGGACCUACAGCAGGACCUUCCCAGGGUCAGACGGGAGCACUGCGACCACCAGAAGGACCUACAGCAGGACCUUCCCAGGGUCCGACGGGAGCACUGCGACCACCAGAAGGACCUACAGCAGGACCUUCCCAGGGUCCGACGGGAGCACUGCGACCACCAGAAGGACCUACAGCAGGACCUUCCCAGGGUCCGACGGGAGCACUGCGACCACCAGAAGGACCUACAGCAGGACCUUCCCAGGGUCAGACGGGAGCACUGCGACCACCAGAAGGACCUACAGCAGGACCUUCCCAGGGUCCGACGGGAGCACUGCGACCACCAGAAGGACCUACAGCAGGACCUUCCCAGGGUCAGACGGGAGCACUGCGACCACCAGAAGGACCUACAGCAGGACCUUCCCAGGGUCAGACGGGAGCACUGCGACCACCAGAAGGACCUACAGCAGGACCUUCCCAGGGUCCGACGGGAGCACUGCGACCACCAGAAGGACCUACAGCAGGACCUUCCCAGGGUCAGACGGGAGCACUGGGACCACCAGAAGGACCUACAGCAGGACCUUCCCAGGGUCCGACGGGAGCACUGCGACCACCAGAAGGACCUACAGCAGGACCUUCCCAGGGUCCGACGGGAGCACUGCGACCACCAGAAGCCACCUCUAUCGUUGAGGAGUGAGAGAAAGGUUCUCCAGAACCAGACAGCGCCGUAGUCACUGCUCGUGAUGAACCUGGGAACCAGACGAGCUCACGUUUACUUUGCUCUGCGGAUAAGGUCUGCCCCUCCUCCCGUACAAACAAUGUUCGCCAGGGCGAAACCGACGGACCAAUCACAACCGUUGAACCGUCAUGUGGCGGGAUGAACACGGUGAUGUGGGGCGCAGGGUGCAGGUUCGCCGUCGAGGCGUUUCAACGACAACAGAGAUGGCCGCCCGUGCUGGUCAGCGGUCUGUUGACAGGCUGGUCUGGCGAGGCCAGGCUCGCCUGUUAUAGGCUGAACUCUCGUUUUUUGGAAUCAGCCUUUUUAACAUUGUUUGUUACAUCACACAUCCCCAGGUGAAUAGAUGCAUGGUUGAAUUAUUUAGAAGGUGUAUCUCGUUGAGUUGUGGGGCUAAUGCCGUGGCCCCGUGGUAUUAGCAUUAGCGCGCUAAUGCCAACAGCUACCAGUUACGUACGGGGGGGUCACUGAAGCCACGGUCCAACCAGUGGCAUCACUGCUCUUCUCUGACCCCGGGAAGGUUCACACUAAAAGCAGAGGAAUGCAAAAUCCAUGUUCCUGGAUUCACUUUUGGUCACUUUGAGUCGAUGCAUCUGCAAGAUAGAAACAGUAAGGCCGCGUUAACAAGUUAAAGGAAAAAACGGUAAAAAGUUGAAUUAUUAUCUAAUUCAAAUUUCCUCCAUAAACAACACGGCAGCUUGACGUGACAAAAAAAAGUUUCCCAAAGACACAACUCCAUGGCCGCGCCCCCUGACUCUGGAGCCCCGCCCCCUCCUGCAGGCUCCUCCCAUUCCUCCUGCUGAUGUAGGGGGAGGUGCUGGUGUAGACGCCACCGGUCGCUUCUAUUCUACUCAUGUUAGGUGUGUGUGUGUGUGUGUGUGUGUGUGUGUGUGUGUGUGUGUGUGUGUGUGUGUGUGUGUGUGUGUGUGUGUGUGUGUGUGUGUGUGUGUGUGUGUGUGUGUGUGCGUAGGAGUGUGUGGUUCUUUGUCAUGUUAUAAUUCUUUGUGUUUAUUUAUAACCUUAUGUCAAAACACCUGUGACUGAAUUCCCUGUAGAUCGCUCUGGAUAGAAGCGUCUGCUAAAUGACUCGUCACCAUAUUGAGUGGAACGCAUUAGUUCACUAACAAGCAGUCGUCGAAACCCUCUGCCAAUCAUGGCGUGUAAAAAAAUACCUUCUGUGAAAUGGAUUUGAAGACGUGGCUAAUAACUAUACAGUAAUAUCCUCACCGUACAACGAAUCUGAGUCUUCAAUGAUGGCGCAUAUGAACUCCCGCAUAUUGCUUGGUCACUGGCGCCCCCUGCUGGGGACGCCUGUGAGUUACAACAUCAACCCAGCAGCUCUGGUGGUUCUGCAGCGUCCGUCCGCAAUGCUGUGAGCCCUCGACGAGGUACCUAAAAGUGUCAGUUUGAAUGCAGAUCAUUUAAUGAAGACCUUAGCAUACUAAUUCAUGUUGGCCUUCACACCAUCCAGAGCACGUUGAGUUCAGUUAUAAUAGAACAUAUGGUUUUAGGGGGACUUAUUUAGGCCUAUAUUGCUGAAUAAAUCUUCGAUCAUGAAACCUCUA